GUCCACCUUUCCCUGGCUUUCUCUAGCCCCUCCUCGGAUUCCUACCAUCUUCACGAUCGACCUGAUCAGCUGCUAUAGUCUCACCCGACUUGUUGACACCUCUUAGACCUCUCGGACGCAAACAUGAAGGUCAGCAUCGCUUUUAGCCUCUUGCCUUUGGUCCUUGCCAUCGGAACGACAAGCGUUCAAAGCUUACCUGUGGGCUCUACCCUGAGCAGGGUGUCCGGCUCGGGUGAGGGCUACUCCGGUGACGGUACAGGUCUCUGGGACUCACAGAGUCUCAAGCGAGCUACUGGGAAUGAGAAGUCCUCCAUCAAGAGCGUCCUGGACAGCGAGCUCAACCCAUUGGCCUCCCACGCGCCGACCAAAGAGCGUCGUAGCGACAUUCCCGAGAAUCUGCACGGAGACGGUACGCAUCCUCUUCCCCGAAGCGCAGUUUCGGCGUCGAAUGCGAAGCGCUUCAGUUUCUGGGAGCAUGCGCUCAACGUAGCGAAAUGGGACGAGGCACACCGUGGGCCAAGCGAGCCCAUCUCAUCACCUGCGGAACGUUCAGUGGAACACCCUGCCGAGAGCGCCAUCGCAAAUCUACUCAAGCGCUUCAGCUUCUCUGAGCACGCCAAAAACGUCAGGAUCUGGAACGCUGCACACCACAUCCUAGACCACCCCAUCGACCAGAGAGACACCACCGUUGGUACACCGCGAAAGAGGUUCGACUUCUGGCUGCACCAGGCCAAUGUCCAGAAGUGGAAUGACGCACACGCCGAUGACAGCAACGGUGGCGACAGAGGACACUUCAACCACGGCCACGGCUUCAUCCCCAUUCGACAGCGAGAGGAAGACGCGAAGGUCAAGGCUCGAUCGAGCUGAAAAGCCGGCAAGACAGUUAUUGCUUCCCCGAUGAGGAGGUCCCCAUCCCGAUGUCACUCUGAUUUGGCCGAUGGUCUUUGAGCAGGAAGCAGCGCCCUAGCGCAGUGGCUGUAAAGUUUAUCGUACUCGUCCUCA